UUUCUAUUUUACAUGCAAACAAUUGAAAGUUUUUAUAAAAUAUACUGAAAAAGAUGGAAGUUUCUAACUAUGAUGCGCUUAGAAAACAAGCACGGCAUUUAGAAAAUGAGAUCGACUUGAAAUUGGUUGCAUUCAGUAAAAUUGGUGCGGGCACCAGUACCUCACUACACAGCAGCUCAUCUACAGACACAUCACCAUUGCUAGGAGAACACGUCUUCGAUUCCUUAUCAGAGGAGAUUUCACAAAUGUUGGACAAGCUUUCAACGCUUAAUGAAACAAUGUCUGAGCUUCCUGCAACAGGUGCUGCUGCCAUGCACACAGUUCAACGUCAUCGUGAAAUCUUGCAUGGGUAUAGGCAAGAGUUUAAUAAAAUUUGUGCAAAUCACACGACACGCAUCGAACGCGAAGAACUUUUGCGUGGCUCCGGAUUGGCCACAAAUAGUCCAACCAUUUCUGGCCUAAGUAGACGUGAUCUGUAUUUAAAAGAAAGUACACAUUUGGGCAGCUCAAGUAAUAUGGUCAAUGAUCAAAUAAAUAUCGCAAUUGAGACACGAGAACACUUGCUUUCGCAAAGACAGGCAUUCAAACGAAUGCAGACACGUUUUAAUGACAUUUCCAACAGAUUUCCUUUGAUUUCCAGUCUAAUACAAAGAAUCAAUAUAAAGAAAAAACGAGACUCUCUAAUUUUGGGCGCAGUUAUUGCUUUGUGUGUUAUCCUGUUACUCCUAUAUGCAUUCAAUUAACGAUCUUCCAAAGUGAAAAAUUAUGUUAUUACGAUUCUAAUAUAAAACUUGAACAUUUCAUGGCACUCAAAUACAAAUGUAUGAAGAAAAGUAAACUUACCUAUAUUUUACAAAAUUUUGGUUCGAUUUCAAUUAAAUAUGUUAUAUUUAUAGGGCAAUAACUAACUAAUACUUGUAUUGUAAUUUGUGAUAAAACAAAGUUUGA